GCCCCGCGGCGGGGCAASAUGGCGGCUCCCAUGGCCGCGGCCGCCGCCCGGGCCGUGCUCUGGGCCGCCGGUGCCGCCGCGGCGGGGCCGCUCCGGCUGGGAGCAGCUCGCCUCCCGGGGGGAUGCUGGAGCGGCAGCAGGUCGGCGCUGGGCAGGAUCGUGGGCGUUGUUCCGUCCCGCCGGAGCGGGAGCAGCUCGGCGCUGGGGAGCCUGCUGGGCAUCCCCACCGAGGCACCGCCCGCCGCCCUGGGCCAGCACCCGCCGCCCGUGGCCACCGACAAAGAGGAGCAGAAGCGCCUGUUGGAGAAUCGGCCCGACCAGCCCCAGAACCCGAAGGUGCUGAGAAUCGCSAUCAUCGGCGCUCCCAACGCUGGGAAAUCCACGCUCUGCAACCAGCUCCUGGGCAGGAAGGUUUUCCCAGUCUCUAAGAAGGUUCACACCACCCGGUGCAAGGCUCGGGGUGUCAUCACACAUGAGGACACACAACUGAUCAUUCUGGACACGCCUGGCCUCACUAAUCCCUUAAAAGCYAAAAGGCAUAAUUUAGAUGAARCCAUGCUGACAGACCCAUGGGACAGCAUGAAACAUGCAGAUUUAGUCCUGGUUUUGGUGGAUGUGUCGGAUCACUGGACAAGGAACUCUCUGAGCAAGGAGGUGCUGAAGUGCCUGUCUCAGUUCCCCCACAUCCCCAGUGUCCUGGUUCUGAACAAGGUGGAUAUACURAAGAAGAAGUUUCUGCUGCUGGAAAUAGUAACUGAUCUUACAGAGGGAAUUGUAAAUGGAAAGAAAUUGGAGGUGAAAUCUGCAGUUAAACCGGAUUCCCGUUCUUCAGUAAAGUCUCCUCUUCAAAUCACUCGGGCUUCUUCACCUGAAAGCAAGGCCUCRGGGUCUCCCUGUGGGCAGGAAAAGAAUCAGGCCCAGGAGGGCYCUGGUUUGGACAAGAGCUGUGAUUUUGGGGUUUCUAGCACAGAGGAAGCCCAAGGGCUAAAGCACUAUGGACCCGAGGAUCUAAAAGAUAUGAAAGGCUGGCCACACUUCCAGGAGAUCUUCAUGCUGGCAGCUCUCCAUGGGGAGGAGGUGGAUACACUCAAGAGAUUCCUCCUGAUGCAAGCCAAGCCAGGCCCUUGGGAAUUCCACAGCGACGUCCUGACCAGCCAGUCACCUCAAGAGAUCUGUGACAAUAUCAUCAGGGAGAAGGUCCUGGAGUACCUGCCCCUGGAGGUGCCUUAUGGAGUGACUCAGGUGACGGAUGUUUGGGAGGAAGGAGAAUGUGGGGAGCUCAUCAUUGUGCAGAGCCUCUURGUCCCGAGGGAGUCUCAUAAGAGGAUGUUGAUYGGAAGAGGAGGAAAGGUCAUCAGCAGGAUUGCUCAGGAGGCUGGCAGGGACCUGAUGAACGCUUUCCUGUGUGAUGUCCGCCUGAAGCUCCAGGUGGAGGUGAAGAGUUGAGCCCUUGSUGUUUUUUAACAGCCCUAGAACUCUGAUCAUGUGGAAAAACCAGUCCUGGGGGUACCUUGGCAAUUUUGUUUGAUUCAGAAACAGGAUGAUGGAAUCACUUCUGUGGGCUGAAGUGGAAUAUAAUGUUCUUUGGGGAAAUGGCCCAAACUGAAAUAAAAUCUCCAGACCUUCUAUGGCAUUAGAACUUGGGACAGACACUUGGAGAAUCAGCUGCACCCAUGAUUCUGGURCUUCGUUUCCAGAGCUGCCACCCACUUCUUUUGAGCUGUGUCACGUCCUUGCUCUCGGGCAUUUGUACCUCGAAGGUCAGAAGCAUC